AUGUUGAAAGGGUAUUUUCAUCGCAAAAGCCGAUCAAAAGCUUUUAACACUAGUUGUACAACGUUGUACUCUGGCGCGUCGAGCACUCUGCCGAUCGAUUUCGUCGCGGCGCACAUCGAACGACGCGCGCCCCCCCCCCCGCGCGAGGCGAUGGCUUCGACGCGGCAGCGCGCGCUGAGCCUCAUGCGCAGCAUGCUGCGGUGCUCGAUGGGGUGGCAGGGCGACCGCGGACGGCGAGAGGCGGAGUACAUCGUCCUCGAGACCUCCAAGGCGUUCCGCGCGCGACGCGACGCGACCGACCCCGCGCUCGUGGAGCGCUACCUCCGAGAGGGCGAGGAGCGGCUGUACAUGGCGAACAACUACAAGAUCGCGUACGCGCGGCUCCCGCACGUCGCGCUGGGCGGCGGCGGAGACGUGAAGAACGUCCUCCCGCCCGCGCAGAUGCCGGGGGACGACGACGCGGGCGGGAGCGGUGGGGGGAGAUGGACGGGGGGUGGGGAUGGGGGAUCGCGGGGGGGGCACGUCGGCGGGUCGCUGCGGCUGGCGUCCGCGUCGACGCCGGUGAACCCGCGUCUGAACGCGGCGAGGGCGGCGGCGAGGGCGAAGCGAGCCGCGAUGAGCAAAGCGACCGCGACCGACGAGGCGGACGACUGACGACGCGACGGCCAGAAGAGACGAAUGAAUGAAUGCCCGCGGGCCUACAGUGUACACGUAGCUGAUGAGACCGAAUCUAAAACGUUCAUCCGUCCG